CAAAACCUCCCAAGAAAAGCAUAUCUAAAGUGUUAGUUCCCUCAUCUCUCUCUCUUCCCUUUCUUUCUAUGACUGCUAAUCAGUUUUCAGUUAUAGACAACAUAGAGGCCUAGAAAGAAAGAAAGGAACAUAUAGUUUAAGAAAUACCCAUUAAACUAUAAGUGAAUGCUUCUUUCUUUCCAGUUUUGCAUAGUUUCUUUGUGCAUGAUUCAUUGGUUUGGUAGUAUUUAUUAGAUUGGUAUUUAUUUUUCAUGGAAAGGGAAUGUGUGUCAUCUUUGGAUGGCAUCUAUGAGGAAGAGAUACAUCAGCACCUUCAAUUCUCGUCCUUAGUGAAGUCACAGAACAAUGUGGUCGUGCAGGAAAACUCUCCAACCAGCGUCCAUGAACUUCUCGAAUGUCCUGUCUGUACCAAUUCUAUGUACCCUCCAAUCCACCAGUGCCACAAUGGACAUACACUGUGUUCUACCUGUAAAACAAGGGUACAAAACCGGUGCCCCACUUGUAGACAAGAGCUUGGAGAUAUUAGGUGUCUGGCAUUGGAGAAGGUGGCAGAGUCACUUGAACUGCCCUGCAAGUAUGACUUCUUGGGAUGCAUAGAGAUUUUCCCCUACUACAGCAAACUUAAGCAUGAGGCUCAGUGUAACUUUAGACCAUACAAUUGCCCAUAUGCUGGAUCUGAGUGUCCUGCUGUUGGAGAUAUCCCUUUUCUGAUAACCCAUCUGCGGGACGAUCACAAGGUAGACAUGCACUCUGGCUGCACAUUCAAUCACCGCUAUGUCAAGUCUAAUCCCCGUGAAGUAGAGAAUGCAACCUGGAUGCUUACGGUUUUUAAUUGUUUUGGUCAAUACUUCUGCCUGCACUUUGAGGCCUUCCUGCUUGGUGCAGCCCCAGUUUACAUGGCAUUCCUUCGUUUCAUGGGUGAUGAGACUGAGUCCCGGAACUACAGCUACAGUUUAGAGGUAGGGGCAAAUGGCAGGAAACUGAUAUGGGAAGGCACCCCUCGAAGCAUUCGGGAUAGCCAUAGGAAGGUUAGGGACAGUCAUGAUGGCCUAAUAAUCCAGCGUAACAUGGCACUUUUUUUCUCUGGUGGAGAGCGAAAGGAGCUAAAGCUUCGGGUUACAGGACGUAUAUGUAAGGAACAACAGAAUCCAGAUGGAGGGGUGUGCAUACCCAAUGUUUGCAGUUGAGGUAUCUCAAAAUCAUGUGUUCUUCAGCCUUCCUGUAUUAGUAUAUAGUCCUGCAUGCGUUGAUGCUUGCUGCAUCUUGUUGUGUCAAAUGUACACUAAACCCAUGUUGUUGCUGUAACUGAUUAGAUACUGAAGGAUUCAGUUUUUGUAUAAUUAAAAAAGCUGUUUUUUUCUUUC